AGCGGACUGUGGUUCCACGGGGCGGAGAGGGCCACGCUGGUGGAGGGCUGAUGACCUCUCUGUGUCACUGUCUGACUGUUUUCAUUCCAUGUGCGCGUUUAAAGAAUAAACCGAGACGCUGCAGAUCCUGUCAGCGUUCAUAACCACGCGAUGGCCGGCAGCAGACUGGAGAAGUUCGGCACUGUCUUCACUCGAGUUCGUGAUUUGAUGCGCUCUGGAGUCAUCAAAGAGUCCGAUAAGCCUCUUUGGUUUGACGUGUACGCUGCUUUCCCUCCUAAGAGAGACCCUCUGUAUGUGAGACCAUCUAAAAGUCUACGGCCACAAAAGAAAGAAGACCCAGUGCCUGAAAUAUUUUACAAGGAAGAUGAAAUACGAGCGAAGUUCUUUGAGAUGUACGGAAGUGGACCUAAAGCGUUUGAUCUCACUAAAACCAACUUUGUGUCAACAUGCCAGAGGUUUGUGGAGAAGUACAGUGAAUUAGAAAGCAGAGGAGACGUGAAGCCGGAGAUGUUGUUUGAAGAAACGGGGAAAGCUCUUCUUGCCGAGGGUAUUGUGCUCAGAAGGAGAGGCGGUCCUGCUGUGGCAGCAGAACAAACGAAUCCUCUGCUGGGCAUGGAGCUGGCUGAGAUGUUGGCUGAGCAACAGAAACACACAGCUAUUAAGACACAAGCUCCAGAAGAACAGGCACAGACAGUUACCACUGACAGCUCCACUGCAUCACAGUGACAAAGACUCUGUUCAUCCAUUCCUCAGAAGUAUGACAGCCCGAGAUAAAAGAAUGGCUUAAGAGCUGCUGGGACAGCGUCUGGAAUUUGGGGCUCACUGAUGAACUUAUUAAUCCUGUCUUGAAAGUGUGGAAAAUAAAACGGAAGUUGACAUCAGUCGUUUCAGCAUGUUCUGUGUUCCAUCGUAAACAUGUUGUGUAGUUAAUGAGUGUCCUAAUAAUAUUGUUUUGAAUACUGAUAUUUGAAUGAAAAAUCCUUGACUUUAUGUUCAGUCUCUUUGCUGUAUAUACACAAAAUAAAGAAUUUGGAGAUUA